CCAGAUUCUUCUGAAGAUACCUACACUCUGAAGCCUGAGGCCUAAUUCAUUGGCUUCUUUGGAUUCUUUGGUGCUAAGCCAAUUUUCAGACAAAGCUGCUGUGGGAAAGAGCUAGGGACAAAGAAAUCGCCCCUUGACAGAGUGAUCUAGGAGCACCAGCCGCAGCUAAAGGUGGAAUCCAUGGAACCCCAGAAGCUGCUGAGCCUUGGAUUUCUGCUGUGCUCUCUGACUUGCCUCUUGUUGGAGUUGGUAGCUUCCUCUCCUUCACCUUUAUCUGCUUUGAGAAUACAAGAGAAAGCAGGAUCGAAGCCACGCUCAAGGGACAACUAUAGGGCCUGGCUGAGCAACUUCAGGGAUUACUUGUGGGAUCUCAUCAAGAGCUCUAUACCUCCAGCAGCCAUUUUUGCUUUUCUUAUCACCACAGCACUAAUGGGGACCCUCUGCUGCCUCACCAUUCUUGUAGGUGAACCAGUCCAGUGAAGAAUUAGAAGAUUCAACGGUACAAGUGUGGUAUCUGGCUUGCUGAAUUUCAAGAGAGUGCAGAGUGUGCUAUGUGCUCAAAAUAAGGAAGUUAUCUAUUGGUUAA